UUCAUAGCCGCACCGCCGCAGCCGAACCGCCGCACCGCUGCACCGCCGAUCAACCUUCACGGUAAGGUUUUUGAAGGACUGGAGCCGAUCAGCCUUCACGGUAAGCUACAGCCAUAUGAGAGUGCAUCUGAACUUCUUCAUAUGAACCUGGAUAAGGAGAUUGAGCUAAAGAUUCUCUCUGAAGCUUCUACACUUCGGUUUCGGUGGCGUCAACAGCAGGUCAGUAAGAUGGCAAAAGCCCUACAAAGAUAUGGCAUGAAGAGAGCAUUAGUAGUUCAUUCAGAGGGCUUAGAUGAAAUGAGUCCUCUAGGGCCUGGAACUGUCCUUGACAUCACACCUGAGAAGAUUGAGAAAUUUGCUUUUGAUCCGUGUAAUAAUCUCACUCUUUCCUCAUUUGUACUGAAGCAAGAUUGA